AUGGCUUUAGGAGGAAUGAAGAUUGCUGUAGUAACCCCUGGAAGACUGUUCAUAAUACAGAUCAAUGUUCAUGAUGACCGUGAGCCUUCUUUUCUCAACAAGGAUUGCGACGAGAUCGACGUAACUGCGAGUGCAGAACCACUCAAACUCAUGAUCACUGACCCGAAUCUGGAGAAACCGCGAUCUCGAGGCUUCAUGCGGGAUGCUCACUUUAUCGACGGGGGACGAGCUCUUUUGAUUUGCUAUCUCGAUACGAAAGAAGUGGUCGUUUGGAGUAUCAAUCCCUGGAGGCGGAUUUGGCAAUGCCCGCUAGAACGCCGAAUUGGGAAUAGUGAUUGGUCACCAUCCUCCAAUGCUCUGGCCAUUUGGAACCUUCAGAACGGUGUAGACGUGUAUCAUCUCACUGACACAUGCGAACAUGUGGGUAAUUUUCCAGUAGAAAUUCGCAAUCAACCCGCUAUGCAAGUGCAAUGGGGCUUUUAUGGUGAAUGCGUUAUCAGUGGCAGUCAUAAGGGUAGAAUCUACGUAUGGGGCACACAAACAGGCAAAAUCCUUCAAAUAUUACAACACGGAAAAAGAUCUCAGAUUAUUCAGGCCAUAACGUAUUUUUCACCCAACUACCACCACCACAUGAUUGCGAGUGCCUGCCAGCCGACGAGCGACGGCGAAAGGCCGAUCAUAAAAAUUUGGCAGGCUGAUACUGUGAGUUUCUGGAAUGUGACUUAUCUAGUAGUCAUCCUUACGCGCUUGUAA